AGAGCGACACGACGCGGUGCUGCGAGGUUAAGAACGCGGAGCGGAGGCUGGAAUUGGUCAUGGAGAACCGGUUCCACUCGAUGGGGGUCGUCGUCGAAUGCGAGGGCGCCAGAGCGAUGGUGGUGGGAUUGGAUCGGUGGUGUUGUUGAUGCCCGGUGCGUGCGUGUGGACGCUGUGGGCUCGCUCGCGCUUACGCGGAGGAGCUCGAUCGGAGGGAGCUGCGGCUCCUCCUUGUCGCCUGUCGCCCCUCGCCCUCUUUGACGGGUGUCGCUUUCGGCUUCUUGUCCUCUCUCGCCCUCUCUCGCUGCCGGGUGUCAACGCCUGCGCCUGCUUCCCUCGAGCGCUUAUAAUCCGGCCUCCGCACUUUCUCGGUCUUUUCUUCUGCGCGCAGUUGGGAAAAGCUUCAAGAGUGUUAGAGUGCGCGAGUGAGUGAGCGAGCCAGCAGCGAGCGAGUGUCAGUUAUUAGGCCAGCCACUCAACGAUUCGGUUCCGAAUCCCUUCCUUCGGCCUUCGCCUCUCGGCUCCAUUUCUAGGCCCGUAGUCCCCGAGACGUAUCGCUGAUCUCUCCGCUGUCUGACAGGUUUGCUAGCGACGAGGGAGGACAGGAAGAGACGGAGGGUCGCCAAAGGUGGGGAAAAAACAUCGGGGGAGGAGAGGGAGGGAGGGAGGGAGGAAGACGAGCUGUGGAGGGCUCGGGGACGACGACCGUGGAAAGGUGGUGGACUCUGUGACGUGGGAAUCAAGAGGAUGAGUUUCCACUUUUCUGCUGCCAAAAAGUGAGGGUGGGUUCCAUGUACCGGAAAGCUGGCGUGCCGAGAGUUUCAUUCGGGCUCAUCAGAGAGUAUUUUGGCCCGACUGCAGGAGUUUCGUCACCAUCAAUCGUGACCUUAUUACUAGUAUAAAAUAAUUCGAGGAGCCGUGUGCAGACUCCGUGGUGGAGCUGGUCCUUCAGGAGGUCAGGCAGGGAAAGAGGCAAAGGGCGGAGGUGGCUCUGUCAGGAGGAGGACCGUCGACCGGACGGAGGAAGGGAGGGAGGGAGGAGGGUCGGUACUUGCGGUUGUUGUGUGUGUGUGUGUGUGCUUGCGAGAUUCGACGCCAAUCGGUGCGAAUCGUUUGGAGGAUUGGUAUAUGGUUUGGUGUGAUCCGUAGUUUGAUAUAUUCCCCGAUCAUAGCUCGAUCAUAUCGCGAGGGAGGUGCGCUGUUGUCGCGUAGUCCGGUGGACGCACGGCUUCACGUUCCGAAUUCGAGUGGUGGUCGUGGCGGUGGAGGUCGUGGAGAGGAAAAUGCACGAAGACACUGCUUCGUCAAUUAUGAAGUGUCAGGUCUCGUCUAGUAUACGGAGAUAGUUGUGUUGGUUCUGGUUUCUGUUGCCGGAGUAAGAUUUUACCAGAAGAUGAGGAAUCUCUGGGUCCGGAAAAUUCGUCCUGCGUUUGUUCUCGCCUCCUUCAUUAUAUUCUUCGUUCUCGUUAGACCCCAGGACCAUCGCCCAGCCGGAGCUUUCACGGCCGAAGAGAGGCCUGGGCAUCUGCGGCGCAGUUUGCUUACCAAGGGUUAUUCUGCGGGGGUUGACGGAGCUGAAGCGCUUCAAGGUUACGAUCAGUCGAAGCGGCUGACAAAUUUCAGGAAUCUACUCACCACAAGUGGAGACGAUAAUGGUGUAGAGGUCGGCUCUACAGAAGCAUCGUCUUCCGUUUCAGUCAAUGGGGGACAGGUUGCACAAAUAUCUAGUCGAAAUGAAAGUAUUGGAGUUGCUUCGGAGUCGGACCUGGAGCUUACUCCUCAGCGCACUCCUUGCGAGAAUGUGAGGGAGCAUUUGGGCUACCCUGAUUCCUGCUCGUACGUGAAGUCCAUACCUCAGUGCAAGUCUGGAACCCUAAUUGAGUACACUCAGUUUUUCUUCUGUACGUUUAAGGAUGCCGUGGUGCCAGCUUACAUCGCCCUGGCCAUCUGGUUAGUGAUCCUAUUUUACAUGCUGGGAAAUCAAGCUGCGGAUUUCUUCUGCUGUUCCAUAGAGAAGCUCUCGGCACUUCUUCAUUUGCCACCCACCGUCGCGGGGGUCACCCUUUUGCCUUUGGGCAAUGGAGCUCCUGAUGUGUUUGCCAGUAUCGCCGCGUUUGUGGGAGCUGGACAGGGCCAAGUUGGGCUGAACUCGGUGCUGGGAGGAGCGACAUUUGUGACUUCUGUGGUCGCUGGAUCCGCCAGUCUGGUGGUGGCUGCUUCGAAUGCUCCGGUUCACCUUGAUCGGCGUUGCUUUCUGCGUGACAUUGGAUUCUUCCUGUUCACUCUCGCCGUGCUGACCACGAUUUUGUUCAAUGGCGAGAUCCAUUUCUGGGGAGCCAUUGGGUACAUAUCUAUCUACGGAGCUUAUGCGGUCACUGUUGCAGCUGUGGAGUUUCUCAAGUCUCAUCGUCACAAGCUUGCUAACUGGCAACCGCUUGGUAACUGGCAACCUCUUCAGCCGCUUCUUCAAGGUCAACCUUCCUCCCUGAGUGAUGAUGAAUCGGGAUUUGGUGGCCCUGGGGGCCCAUAUACGGAGUUGUUUGACACCCGGAGGGGUUUUUCCUCUGCAGUGGAGACGACUUUGCCACAGUGGGCGUGGGCACCGCACGUUGCUAUCUACUCCACGACGAGCAACCUUCAAGAGGAACUGGACAGGGCAGACGCGGGUGGAGAGCGGACUCUGUGGGGCAAUCACGAGGCUCAAGUAGCUCGAGAUGUGAAGUGGUAUAGCGCUCAAGGACUGUGCUCGUAUAUCAUCGAGUGGCCACUCACUUUACCACGGCGCUUGACGACUCCACUGGUGGAAGAAGCGCGCUGGUCAAAGUUUUAUGCCGUUUCCAGUGCUGCUCUUGCUCCUUCUCUACUGGCUAUGGUUUGGGACGGCAAGGACAGUGGACCAUUCGGCAGUGCUUGGAUAGAGUAUGUCGUGGCUGGUGGAAUCGGUCUGGUCCUGGGUGGGCUAGCUUUUUUCACCACUGUGAGAGAACAUCCUCCCAGGAGAUACUUGUUUCCAUGGGCCCUGGGUGGAUUCAUCAUGAGCAUCGUGUGGUUCUACAUCAUCGCCAACGAGCUUGUGGGGGCCCUCGUCGCCCUCGGAGUGGUCCUGGAGAUCGACGCUGCUAUUCUGGGACUGACGGUGUUGGCCUGGGGUAAUUCUAUCGGAGAUCUCAUGUCUAAUCUUGCUCUGGUUGUCCACGGAGGCGAUGGUGUCCAAAUUGCGUUUUCUGGUUGCUAUGCCGGACCAAUGUUUAACACUCUGAUGGGGAUCGGCUUAUCUCUUGUGCUUGCAAGCUGGAAGAGUUAUCCUGAUAAGUUCGUCAUACCCCAAGAUCCGAGCAUUUUCUUCACCCUGGCCUUCUUGGUUGCUGGACUAGUUUGGGCUUUCAUCAUUUUACCAUCACGCAGAAUGCAGCCCACGAAAGGCUUUGGGAUUGGUCUCCUGGCACUCUACGCAGCGUUCCUCACUCUGCGUCUGGCCCUUGCAUUGGGAUUGUCCGUGUUCUUGAAUGACCUUUUCAAUCUGAAUAGCUAGUUAGUUCCGUAGAGACUGUAUGAUAAAAACCAUGCCAUGUCACCGAUGUGCUCCCUCGCAUAUCUGUUGGGUGUAUAUAUCUGGAGCAAACGGCACCGCCAUCGCGCUUUUACACGAACACUGCGACUUCGCAAAACGAGACGAUGGCUUUUUUGGAGCAUGUGAACAUAGUCCGCUGAUGACUAUCUACGAAUACUGUGAGUGAAAUCUAAAAUGCGUGCAAUUCGCUGAUGAAACGUUGGUCGAUGACCUUUUACUACUUAAAGUGGUUUACGUGCUCGAGUGGACAAAGUCCCUGUUCCUGUACAAUCACAGUUAGCAGGAAAAGCACACCAAAGCUUUUCAUCAAUGGUAAGCUGAGAAUAUUUUGCUUCGACAGGAUUGCUUCAUCUUAGAAAACUGUUAGAAGAUCAGUCCACACAAAUUUUUAAUCAUUUCUGGCUUAGAAUGAGAUGAAAAGUACUAGGAGUUUGCAGCUCCAGUUGAAUGUAGUAUGUAAUUCGCUCACGUGAGGUAGAUGUAGUCUGCUGUCUUGCUCUGUUUACUCAUAUUUAGAUAACUAGAGCUCGUAGAAUGAAUUUUUUUAGAUUUGAUACCUGGUCUGUAAAAUAGGCCCUUCCUGUACAUCUAUUUGUCCUCCAGCUUUGUCGCUGAAUUGGAGGGUUUUGACCGAAAUUUUCUCCGCCUAUUUCAAGUGUGUACAGAAUUGAAGGUGUGCUGGUUGGAUUCUCUAACGUUGGAAUACCUGGAGACAGUUUUCCGGCCGUCAGUUUUGUACCUUUGAAACUCAUAUUGAGUUUUUGUGUUACAGUGUUUGCCUCCGGGCAAGGGUUGGG